CGGUCACCAGAGCUGAACCUCAGCAGAGAUAGCAGCAAGCAGGCACUUCCACGCCGUGCAGGCUAACUCGCUUUCGGCUUUGGUUCGAGAUGGAAACUCGUCGCACCGUGAGGGGCUCCCGCACCCGCAACUUUAAGGGUGGACUAACCCUGUGGCUGAUUCUGUGGCUGGUGGUGGUGAAGCCGGGUGGGGUCACAGCAUGCCCCAAGCUGUGUGUGUGUUACCCUACGCCCAUGACGGUCAGCUGCCAGUCCCAGAACCUUACCAUAGUACCAGCCGGUGUGCCCUACAACUCACAACGUGUUUUCCUGCAGAACAACCGCAUCACAGAGCUUCGCGCAGACUCUUUUGGUUUUGAGACCCAAGUGCUUUGGCUAUAUGGCAACAACAUCACAUGGAUUGAGGCCGGAGCCUUCAGUAACCUCAGGAUACUGGAAGAGCUUGAUCUGGGCGACAAUCCCGCGCUGCGGCACCUGGAAGGUGGAGCCUUCAGGGGCUUGGAGAAGCUGCAGAGCCUGCACAUGCAUCGCUGCAAGCUGGCCUCUCUCCCCCAUGAUCUCUUCCACAAGCUGUACAGCCUGCAAUUUCUCUAUCUCCAGGAAAAUCAACUCCAUUUUCUGCAUGAUGAUCUUUUCUCUGAUCUGGUUAACCUCACCCAUCUGUUCCUGCAUGGGAACCGUAUCCGCACCCUCUCUGAAAAUAUGUUCAGAGGCCUGGUCAACCUGGACCGCCUCCUUCUCCAUGACAACCGCAUCAGGCAGGUCAACCGUAGAGCUUUUCGUGACCUAGGCCGCCUGACCAUCCUCUACCUGUUCAACAACUCCCUGGCUGAGCUACCAGGACAGACCAUGAAAGAUGUCCAAGGCAUCCAGUUCCUCCGCCUCAAUGGUAACCCCUGGUCCUGUGGCUGUGAGGCCCGCCCCCUCUGGGAGUGGUUCCGCAAGGCCCGCAUCUCCUCAUCUGACCUUGUGUGCACGUCCCCAUCCACACGUCGUGGCCAGGACCUCCGAUUCCUCCGGGAAAUGGACUUUGCUCUCUGCCCUCUGCCUGACCCCGGCUCUCUGGCUGGAAGCACCACAACCACCUUUAGUACCAAGACCCGCUGGUGGUUCUCCAAGCACAAACCUGAAUCCAAGUCCAAGUCCUUGUACCAGAAGAGUUCAGAAACAGUGAAGGCCUUCCCUUUCCCUGCGGUCAAGCCUCAGCUCCUUCCCAAAACCCCCACCGAAACCUUCCCCUCCAAGUAUGAACUGUCGGCUGAUGAGGCAGCCCUCCCUAAACUGGAUCCAGAAGAAUACUGGGCCAACUAUGGCAAUGAAGAUUCCUCUCUCCGCUGUGUUGAGCUGGACUGUGCUCCAAGCUAUGACGACCAAGCCUUCCCCUCAUUCUCCUCCUUAGCCAUCACCCCACGGCCGCUCCACCUCCUCUCCCUCACCAUACUCGCAUUCUCCCUCCAUUUCCUUUUCAGCUGAACUCUUUUCGCCUCCCUACAUGUUUCUUUCUCUGAUUUUUCCCUCUCCUCUUUCUAAUUCUGACAGUCCUUUCAGUUGCCUCCUUGACAUGCAAGGGGUGCUACACUGAAGCAGGAGACAGGCAAGGCAGCGGGGAGCUGCUUAAAAGAGCCAGAUCAGUUGAGUUGAUGUAGAGCAGGACACACACACAAUGGUGAAAUAGCUGAUUCUUAGUAGUAAAGGCAUUGAAAAGGCAAGGAUGACAUCAUGGAAACUGACUGAUAGUGGCAACACAAAACUACCAAGUUAGCUGGUGGGGAUUUCUUUUUUUCUAUCACAGCUGUGAACAACGCAGGCGUUGUGACAGAUAUGCAGCUAUUUUCUAUAGUGCUCACCACUCAGUUGUCACUAACAUUAUACCACAGUAGUCUAUUUAAUUAAUUAUAAUAAUUUCAUCAAUCAAUGGAUUAAUGAAAGAUUAUUUAGCACUACCAGAAAGUAGGACAAAGACGAGGAUUAACAAGAGAGAUGUGGGAGGAGAAAAGUAAAGCAGUUUAAGAUGUUCACUUAAAGGAGUGACUCUCCUCCCUCAUUCAGAUUCAAAACCUUGUGUGAUCCCAGAGAUGCCAGCAAACCAUCUGUACAUACCACACGCUAUCACUGUACAUACGCCUACUGCACACUGUAUUUUAGACUAGCUGACUUUGUACUUUGAUUGUAGUAAACAGCCAUUUGUGAUGACAGGAGAGAUGCUUAGACUGUAAAUGGAAGGCAAACAAAUUAAAUAUCCCCAUCUUGAUUUCCACUACUGUCAUGUCAUACCCUUUCCAAAAACUAAAAAUUGUUCCAGAUAUACCAGACGUGUGUGUGUG